UUUCCACACGAAAUGUAUACCCGCGGUUAGGAAUCAGAGAAAUCACCAAAUUUUAAAUUAGUUUAUGCUUGCAUAGCUGUGUUCUUCAGGGCUUCCUGAAUCUGCUCAGGAAAGCCGGAAAGUCGACGAAAAUGAAUCUUGGAAUUGCAAAGUGCAAGCUAUAUUCCACCCAGAACUUUCCGGCUGUACUAUGGAUAAGGGCAACACGUCAGCUCUUCAUUCAACGUUUUUUCUGCGAAUCAGACAGCUUGUGGUUGUCUGAAAAACAUGGACCCAGAAUUCAUCUACCGUCCAUCAGCUAUAUAUACAUCCUCUUUUCUCCUCAAAUCACAACAAAAUAGUUGAGAGCCAUUUUUUUUGGUUGUUGGAAAUUUUGAUCUCUACUUGCGAGAUUAUGACGAUUGGGUCGGCCUUUGCAAUCAGCGAAGGGAAUCUGGUCAUACAAGGGAAAGUGGUGCUCACGGAAGUUCCCCACAAUGUCUUUCUGUCAAAUGAUGAGCCGUCGAAUUCUGUAUUCCUCGGAGCAAAAUCUUCUCACCCUAGCAGUCGCCAUGUCUUCAAGCUUGGACAACUCCAGGGAUAUAGGCUGAUGUGCUUGUUCCGCUUCAAGUUAUGGUGGAUGCUACCUCAUGCGGGAAACUGUGGCAAGGACGUACCUGUGGAAUCGCAGAUGUUGUUGUUAGAGGCCAGACAAAAGUGUGCUGUGGACCUGAACAAUGGGGACUAUACCUCCGACGAUGUAUUCUAUAUCCUGUUUUUGCCUGUCUUGGAGGGUUCAUUCAGAAGCAGUCUGCAGGGUAACGAAGCAAAUGAAUUAGAAUUAUGUGUAGAAAGCGGAGACCCUGCGGUGCAAACCACACAGGCAUUGCAGGCUGUAUUUGUCAAUGCAGGGGAGAAUCCAUUUGAGCUCAUAACUGAGUCUUUCAAGGCUCUGCAGAAGCAAAAGGGCACAUUUGUUCAACGCGAAAGGAAGAAGAUGCCUGGAAUCCUUGAUUGGUUUGGGUGGUGUACAUGGGAUGCAUUCUACACCGAUGUCAAUCCAGAGGGAAUAAGUCAAGGUUUGCAAAGCUUGGCAGAAGGAGGUACUCCAGCAAGGUUCCUUUUAAUUGACGAUGGUUGGCAAGAAACAAUCAAUGAAUUCAAAACAGAAGGAGAACCAUUUAUUGAAGGCACCCAGUUUGCAACAAGGCUAGCUGAUAUCAAGGAAAAUAAAAAGUUCCGGAAACAUGGUCAAGAAGGUUCCGAAGAAUUGGUUGAUGGUUUGCAUGAUAUUGUUAAGCAUCUCAGAGAAACCUACGACCUCAAGUAUGUGUAUGUAUGGCAUGCGCUAGCAGGAUACUGGGGUGGUCUUCUACCAUAUGCUCCAAAUCUAAAGAAAUAUGAAGCAACCUUAAAUUAUCCAGUACAAUCACCAGGAAAUUUAAGCAACGUGCGUGAUAUAGCCAUGGACAAUAUGGAAAAAUAUGGAAUUGGAAUCAUUAACCCCAACAAGAUUGGGGAAUUUUACAAUGACUUGCAUAGAUAUCUUGCUUCAGCAGGAAUAGAUGGUGUCAAGGUAGAUGUGCAAAAUCUAAUUGAAACCCUUGGUGCCGGAUUUGGAGGCCGAGUAUCUCUAACUCAAAAAUACCAACAUGCUCUGGAAGAUUCUAUAGCCAGGAACUUCUCUGAGAAUGCCUGCAUAUCUUGUAUGAGUCACAACACUGAUUCAAUUUACAGUUCCAAGCAGACUGCUAUUGUAAGAGCAUCAGAGGAUUUCAUGCCAGGGAAUCCAACGUCGCAAACUCUCCAUAUUAUUUCUGUGGCCUUCAACAGCCUACUUUUGGGAGAGGUGAUGCUGCCUGAUUGGGAUAUGUUUCAUAGUAAACAUAUUGCAGCAGAAUGUCAUGCUGCAGCACGGGCUGUGGGAGGCUGUGGAAUAUAUGUCAGUGAUAGGCCUGGUGAUCAUGACUUCAAGGUCCUGAAAAAGCUUGUCCUCCCUGAUGGAUCAGUACUUCGAGCAAGAUUUCCUGGAAGGCCCACCCGCGAUUGUCUCUUUGUUGAUCCCACAGGGGACAAGAAAAGCCUGCUCAAGAUAUGGAACAUGAAUGCAUGCACAGGAGUUGUAGGAGUGUUCAAUUGCCAAGGAGCUGGAUGGUCAGAUGAGCAUAAAUGCAUUGAGGCCUAUGACAGUCCUCCUGAAUGUGUUACAGGUUGUGUCCGUCCAAUAGAUGUGGAAUCUUUACUAGAUGUUGCAGAGGGAGAAUGGAAUGGGGAUUGUGCAAUGUAUGCCCAUAAUACAGGAAACCUUACAAAGCUCUCAAAAACAGGAUCUUUGACAGUGUCGCUUAAGAUUCUAGAUUAUGAAGUUUACACAGUCAGUCCCAUAAUGGAUUAUAAGAGUAAUGUUUGUUUUGCACCUUUGGGACUCAUUGAUAUGUAUAAUGCUGGAGGUGCUGUUGAGAGUAUAGAGUAUACUGAUGAAGACAAUAAGUUUUCACUUAAGAUGACAGUGCGAGGCUGUGGAAGAUUUGGAGCAUAUACAAGCAAGAACCCAACAAGCUGCCUUGUGAAUAUGAAACAAGUAGAACAUUCUUAUGAAAGUAGCAACUGUUUACUAACUCUCAUUAUUCCAACUUAUGUUGCCUCAAAAAAAAUCACAAGUCAAGAAAUUGAAGUUCAAUUCUGAAUUGAACAGUGAUUGAUACUGAUUGAUAGAUAGGGGCAGUAGCUAAUCUGGCUCCAAAAACAUCACGUUUUCUGCAUAAUAACAUGAAGGUUGGUCAGCCGUUUUGGAGCCAGAUUAACCACGUCCAUAGAUAGAAGAUUGAGAAGAUUGAUGGCCUUCAGAUGUGCCUUAAGAUUCAUUCAUGUGGGGAAAUACCUUCACCCACUAGUUAAUAGUUUGUAUGUGAUAACUUGAACGUUUAUUCAAAAAUUGAAAAUGAAUAUAUGUCCCAUGGAUUUAGUUUUGUA